AUGACAGUCCCCGCCUGCUUGCUCGCCUGCAGCAGCAGACGACACGGCAAGGGAGGGGGUGGCAAGGGAAAGGAGGGCAAGGGAGGCGGCGACAAGAGGGGAGGCGGCAAGGCAGGAGGCGGCAAGGAGGUGCUCUUCCGUGCGCUGGCUGCGUGCGAUGUUGCUCCCACUCCCUCCGCUGCUGCCGCGCACAUGCUAUGCGGAGCACAGGGGGAACGAGGGGAAGGGGGCGACGAAUGCGACGGAGAGGCGGAAAGACGCAGAGCAAACGGUCCCGAGGAGUGGGCCAUCCGCUGUUGGGAAGACUCACAGCCGCACUAA